AGAUACACAAUGGCAGGUCGGCAAAAUGUACCCAUGGUAUGGUUACUUGGUGGGCCAGGAGUAGGCAAGUCGACGCAUUUGGAAGAGAUUGCUAGUAAAUACGGGAUCGUUGCGAUAACGUCGGGCGAACUUCUCCGGAAAGAAAUUGCUAGAAGAACGUCAAGAGGACGAAACAUUUCCUACGUAUUGCAAAAUAGCGAGCUUGUACCCACUUGGAUAGUGUUAGACUUGCUUAAAGAGGAGCUGGAAUUACAUCCAGGCGCCAGAGGAUUCAUUUUCGAAGGUUACCCUCGCGACAAAGAGCAAGGUGAAUUAUUUGAACAGCAAGUUGGUCCUGUGAGUGCAAUUUUACUUCUGGACGCCCCUGAUGAAAUACUAAAACAGAGAUCGCUGGUAAAAGCGGUCGGUGCUGGUUUUGUUAACGAGGAUACGAUUAACAAACGCAUUCAGAAUUUCCAUAUUUCUCUCGACUCAAUUCAAUCGGGAUACCAGAGCAGAGUGAAGAAGAUUAAUACCCUACCACCACCCAGCGAGGUGGCCAGAGAAAUUGAAUAUCAUCUGGAUCUCUUGUUCUACUAAUUUAAGAAAAAUGAUCAAGUAAAAUAUAUUCCACUUUAUUGUUUUAAA